AUGGCUUCGCAAAGUGACUCCAGGGCCGACUGCUCCCAUGUCAUCGAUCACAGCCAUGUGCCCGAGUUUGAGGUGGCCACCUGGGUCAAAAUCACCCUGAGCCUGCUGUACCUGAGCAUCUUUGUGGUGGGCAUCCUGGGGAACAGCGUCACCAUCCGGGUCACCCAAGUGCUGCAGCGGAAAGGCUACCUGCAGAAGGAGGUGACGGACCACAUGGUGAGCCUGGCCUGCUCCGACAUCCUAGUCUUCCUCAUCGGCAUGCCCAUGGAGUUCUACAGCAUCAUCUGGAACCCGUUGACCACACCCAGCUAUGCCGUGUCCUGCAAGCUGCACACCUUUCUCUUCGAGGCCUGCAGCUACGCCACGCUGCUGCACAUCCUCACGCUCAGCUUCGAGCGCUACGUGGCCAUCUGCCACCCCUUCCGGUACAAGGCCGUGUCCGGGCCCUGCCAGGUGAAGCUGCUCAUCGCCUUCGUCUGGGUCACCUCGGCCCUGGUGGCUCUGCCCUUGCUUUUCGCCAUGGGCAUAGAGUACCCGCUGGUGACCGUGCCUAGCCACCGGGGGCUCGCUUGCAACCGCUCGCGCACACGCCACCACGAGAAGCCCGAGACCUCCAACAUGUCCAUCUGCACCAACCUGUCGAGCCGCUGGACCGUGUUCCAGUCCAGCAUCUUCAGCGCCUUCAUCAUCUACCUGUUGGUGCUGGUGUUGGUGGCCUUCAUGUGCUGGAACAUGAUGAAGGUGCUCACCAGGAGCAAGCAGGGCACGCUGGCCGGGAAGGGGCGGCAGCUGCAGCUGAGGAAGGUGGAGAGCGAGGAGAGCAGGGCUGCCAGGCGGCAGACCAUCAUUUUCCUGAGGCUGAUCGUGGUGACGCUGGCCGUGUGCUGGAUGCCAAACCAGAUUCGCCGACUCCUGGCAGCGGCCAAGCCCAAGCACGACUGGACCAAGGCCUACUUCCGUGCCUACAUGACGCUGCUGCCCUUCUCAGACACCUUCUUCUACCUCAGCUCCGUGGUCAACCCGCUGCUCUACAAUGUGUCCUCGCAGCAGUUCCGCAGCGUGUUCUGGCAGGUGCUGCGCUGUCGCCUGACGCUGCGCCACGCCAACCAGGACAAGGGGCUGCGCACCCCACUGCGGGCAACCACACACAGCAUGCGCUCCGCGCUUCCGCUCCUGCGUGCCUCCUCCUGGCGCCGAUCCUCUGGGAAAACCAAUGCCAAGGUCUUCCUAAGCACUUUCCAGAGUGAGCCCAAGGCUGAUGCCAAGCCCCCACAGCAGAGUGUCAUUUCCCUGGGGCCCGACUCCGAGGUGCAGCCGGUGGAGGGUGAAGCCCCCUGCCCUGCUGGGAACGGGCUCCAGGAGCAUGAGGCUCGAGACGCCACAUCUGAUAUGCUCAGCAGCCCUGAAGCCCCCACACCCACAGACAAUGAGUCGUAA